AUGCUCCGUCAAUCUAUGGCGCGUGCUUUUCGCAGCGCAUGCGCAUACCCUUUCUUAUCGCCGAAGCCCUCCACCAAGCUCAAGGCCGCUUCACUAGCAGCUCAAACGUCACGCUCAUACAAUACCCCAGGGCCUCAGCUGUCUAUUUGUUGGGCUCCCUCUCUGCUACGACAACCCCGACCGCGAUCACAGCUCUCAUUUCCCACACCUUGCCCAAGCAACCGGCGUACCUUCUCCUCAAGCCAUAAAUCCCCCUACCAACAAAGACGCAACCAAUACAACCGAUUUCGAGGCAGCGCCCGCCAACCCCUCGUCUUCCGCUUAGUGCAGAAUGCAAAGCCGCACCACUUUGUUGCGAUUGGCGUGGGGAUAUCCGGACUUUAUCUAUACAACACGGAGAUAGUGGAGAUGACCGGCCGACGACGGUUCAAUUGUGUCUCUCGUCACCAGGAGCUAAAUAUGGGUGAAGAGAGCUACCGCGAGGUACUCAGUUCCGAGCGUGGGAAGAUCCUGCCCCACAACCAUCCUCUUACUCGUAUGGUUGACGGCGUGCUGCAGCGGUUGAUUCCGCAGGUGAAUAUUGAGGGCGCUGAUUGGAAGGUUCAUGUUAUCAAGGAUGAUGGAAUGGUUAAUGCUUUUGUGCUCCCUGGGGGGAAGGUAUUCGUUUACACAGGUAUCUUGCCCAUUUGCAAAGACGAGGAUGGCUUGGCUGCUGUUCUGGGACAUGAGAUUGCUCAUGUUGUGGCUCAUCAUCCGGCUGAGCGUGUGAGCAACAGUUUCAUUACCCUAGGAGCUGUCUUCGCUAUCUCUUUCUUGUUCGAUGUCUCCGGGCAGUUUUCUUCUUUUCUUUUGAAUCUCAUGUAUAGCUUGCCGAACUCACGGACGCAAGAGGCCGAGGCAGACAAUAUCGGGCUAAUGAUGAUGGCCAGAGCCUGUUUCAACCCCGAGGCUGCCGUUAAACUAUGGGCUCGCAUGUAUGAACAGGAGAAACAGGCUCCUCCACAAUUCAUGUCCACUCACCCAUCGAGUUACAACCGAAUGGAAGCUAUUCAAGGAUGGCUCGACAAGGCCAACAUAAUCUACGAGGAGAAUGGAUGCAACUCUAUCAAAGGAUACAUGCCUGGUUUCCACACUGCUUAUAAUUCGCAUGUCUCAUAUUUGAGAUGA